ACUUUAGUCUCCAAAGCGUACGAGAAGAGCUUACCUCAAUCGCGAAAUCGGCAAAAUACGCGCGGUGUACAACCUACGCUCCCCACGACCAUUGUGAACCGUACAUCGCUCCAAGACACCCAUCCACCAACAACCAGCAUCCACCAGCAUCAUCUACAACCAUACAUAACCUCAUAUAACCAAUCUCACAACCUCACGACACCCUAAACGACCACCGCCAUGUACGGCGAACUCGGCAACAAACUCGUCCAACACGCCAAACGCACCCAAUCGCUCGCCCACCUUCCUCCCUACCAAACCGAACUCGUCCGCGCCGUCGCCCGCGAAGUCCGCGACCUCGACCGCGACGUCAACCACCUCCUCGCCCCCUUUUCAGGCUCCUUCAACCCCUCCCAACAACCCGCAAUCGCGUGCGCCCUUCUCGUCGACCACCUCUGCAUGCGCCGCAACAAACGCUGCCUCCUCGCCUACCACCGCGUGCGCACCGAGAAACUCGAGGAACUCUGCUGGACCGGCAUCGACGUCCUCGAGCAGCAGCUUCCCCCCGCCGCCGAGGAUGGUCCCGGCAGCGGACAGCACGUGGCGAGCUCACAGAGCGGGAACCAUAGCUCGCUGAGUCCGGAAGAGGAGGAGUAUUUUCGUCAGUAUAGUGAUAUGUUGGCGGCUUAUAAGGGGCAGUGGACGGAUGUGGAUCUUACCGGGGGUUUGGAGCCACCUAGGGAUUUGUUUAUUGAUGUUAGGGUUUUGAAGGAUGCGGGGGAGAUACAGACGGAGUAUGGGGUUAUCAAUUUGACGAAGAAUAGUCAGUUGUAUGUGAGGCAGGGGGAUGUGGAGCGAUUGAUUGCGCAGGGUUUUCUAGAGAGGUUGAGUUAAGCGCAUGUUGCUUUUAUUGGACUGCUUGGUUUGAAAAAGUGCGGUUUUUGUGCUUGUGAUACCCAUUGGAUAGAGAGACUAAAAUAUGGGCGUUGUGCGACGUUUGUUUCUGUUUCUCUAUGAUUGAACAU